AUGUUCAAGUCCCUCGCCGUGCUCGGCCUCGCUGCCGGCAUGCUCGUCAACGGAGCGAUGGCGCAGCCCGCCGCCGCGCACCAGGCGGAGAGCAACUUCCUCGUGGACGGCAACCCCCUGGCGGUUGGCAACGUGGGCGUGGCGGUGAACGUGGUCAAGUCGACCAACGGCGUCACCGACUACACGCAGUGCAGCUCCACCCUCGACGGCACCGCGUGCCCCGUGAUGAAGUACUGCGACGGCUGCGUCGCGGACUCGGUGACGUACACCGUCACGGACCCCACCGCCGCCGCCGGCGACACCUACACUGUCAAGAUGUGCUACGCUGCGGCGUCGCGCGUCAACAAGAAGUGGAGGAAGUUCAAGGAUGACUUCGGCAAGGACAAGUCGUGCACGUUCAAGGUCAAGGAGCUGUCGUCGACGGACCUCGGCGUGCAGCAGUCGUACUCGAUGCCCGCGAAGCUGGGCAACGGGUUCACGUACAUCAUCGCGGUGAAGAAGUCGGCGGCGACGGGCAAGAACACCGAGUACGGCGACAUGGGCGCGGGCUACUUCAAGGCCGAGACGAUCGACACCGUGGACGACGGCCUGAUCGCGGGCGUGGCGGUGAUGAGCGUCUUCUCGGUGCUGCUCUUCAUCGGGUUCUUCACGUGGGAGUUCCUCUUCAAGAAGAAGAAGAACUAA